AUGGGUGAGCGAUUCAAAAAAUUUCCUAAGAAGUGUCGGUGUGGAGAAAGUGUAGUGAUGAAGACGUCAAACACGGUUAGAAACCCUGGAAGACUGUUUCAUGCUUGUCCAUUUGGAGAACAUGACAAUAGGGGUCAUGUGUUCAAAUGGACGGAUACAUGUAUGGUUGAAGAGAUUGAAGACUUGAUAGAGAAAGUUACUAAGCUUGAAGGAGCUUCGAUGAAAAUGGAAAAAGACUUCAAUGUUUGUGAAUCAGAAAUUGGCAUUUUGACAAUGGAUACUCGUGUAUGUGAGGCUGUGGUUGAGAAGGAGGUUGGAGAGUUGAAAAUGCAGCUUCGUAGCUUGAAGAACAUUGUAGUUGAAUGUAUGAUGUAUGAUGUUGUAUUGAAUGAAUGA